UUUCGUCAAACAGGCAACUUCUCGUUUCGAGAAAAGUAUCGAUGCCGUCUAACGUAAAUGUAUUACUCGAUAUUUCGCGAACUCAUAGCAAAACGGAGGGUUAAGUCUCCCCAGAGUCAGGUUACGCAGCAUCAACUUACCUUGAAUUCACCACGUUUAUCACCAAACUCAGUGCCACUAUUAUCAAACUUUAACUAAAAAUAUUAGCUCGGUAACAGUUAUUAAGAAGCUCGAGAAAUGCUACAUUACCCCAUCCCCAACCUAAUAAUUGUUGCAUUCAGGUCCAUAAUUAAAUAAACCCCGCCACCUGAAUAAAAAAGCAGGUUAAGCUUUUCCCAGCCGCGUUAAAAAAUUCCCUCCUCCUCCCCCGCUCGUUCGUAUUAUCCUUUCACCUUUUGUCUUCUUCCUAUGCAUCUCUAUUUUCUUCACCCCUUUUCUCUGCAUCUUUCCAACCCUCCACGCAUUGUCGUUCUUCGCUCGCGCUUCCUCCCUCUCCUCGAAGCUUCACACGUUUCCUCGUCCCCUCCUCUUCGUCUCGGCGCUCCUACCUCUUUUCAACCCUUCUGUCUCGCGCUUCGCGGAUCCUCCAUCCCUCUCCUCUACACAUCCACCCCCACUAGGCGGUCGAGAGCGCCGGCCCGAGAGCUUCGGUCGAGUCAAGCUACGACACGGUUCAGCCGAGUUCAGUCGCGCCACUCGGUCGUGGUGUUCACGUGCCAUCGCAAGCUCGACAGCGUCCGUUCAGUUGCCCAUCCGAGAGGAAACGUUUACCCGAAACACACACAUAGACACAGAGAGAGGGGGAGUGACGAGGCUGGUGGAUCGUACACGUUCGAUGUCCCCUCUUCGAGUGUCCUGCCACGAUCUCAAGAAUGCCUAACGAGAACGCGGCAAUUUGCGGGUGCGGAGUGGUAGUGGACCUCCAGAAAUCACGAAAUGGCCCUCUAUCCGCGAAGAAGCACACCAUCAGGAUACCCAAGUCGAAGAGCGGCAAGUCCGAAGGACGAUCCGCGAAGAAACAUCAGGAUGAGGCGCGUUCGAAGAACAGGAGCUCCGAGACAGGAGGCAGCAGCUCCGUGGCAGAGCAAACGAGACCAGUCACGAUAAUCUGCAAAUAUGAUAAACGAUUGAAAAAUUCGAGAAGGGCCAGGAGCGCCGACAGAGCUGAAUCGCAUUAUACUUACAUCGAUUCUGGGUCCAGCAUACUCGGCGGUGGAUUUCGGGAAAACACUAUACCGGAGGCCCUGUACGCCACCAUUCCAGACACGCCGAACUCGAGUGCCAAUGAUACAGGAAAUAGUCAAUUAAACGCGCAUAGUAGAUCGCAACCCGUUUACGCCAUUCCCUCUAUGGUAUCGCCGCCGCCCACCUACGACGUAGCCAUCUCGAAAACGUGGCAGUCUGGCCUGCCACCGACCUACGAGGAGUACCUGUGUCACAAGUACGCCAUGCUGUCUCGAUCUCACACCCCGCCGCCGCCGUGGUCGGAUUCGACGACGACACCUCAAGCGAUGAGCGCUCAAACGCGUCGGGAGCUGUUGGCGAGCCAGCCAGAGCUCAGGGAGUAUCUGGAGCAGUUGUCGUUGUCACAGAACAACGAGAGGUCCAGUGGACACCACCGCCAGGGCGCUGUGCUGAGGGACAGCUACCUCUCGAAUCAGCAAACCUUCAGGGAGCAGCAAACCAGGACGAACCAGCAGCGAACGCGAAAAAUGCCUCCCAGAUCGCAGAGCGAGAGUCGAGUGCAGCAGCAAAGAAUCGCGACGUACGAAGACGGCGCGUUCUGCAUGGAGACGACCGCGCUGCAAUCCGCGUUCGAGAAUGGACUAGCCUUUUGCAGUUUGAUGUAAGAUCUCCAAACAUCCGAUGAACGAGACGAAACAAACCAAGGAUUCCAGAGAUCCAGGAAAAUUGUAUUCGAGAGCAGUGUCUCGUCGGUGGUCGCUCGAAAAGGAAGAAUUUCAUUGCGGACGCAACGAAACAUCCCCCACGAAUCGACUUCGAUACAAUCGAUCUCGUACCUUCGCUAUUCCCCAGACUCCUUCCUUCUUUCGUCGCGUUCCGUAAAACUUGAACGCGAGCUUCGAUUCGAUUCGAGGGUGAAACGGGAGUUCGUUCGACGUCUUCGACGGGGAAAUUUUGAGAGCUCCAGGCACUCGAAAAUUUCUCUGGUUUCGAGGAUUUCGAAACUUUCCAGACGACAGAAGACAUUGGAAAUUUUCAAGCUCUUUUCAAGUCCUGCAGUGGAAACUUUCUAAACGCGGAGUUUCGCCGCAAGAAAUUCUUGAAUUGGCGGAACUUUCGAGCGCCUGUUGUAUCGACAUCUCUCGACGGCACUGAAAAUUAAUAAUUUGUGGAGAACAUGGACGAGUUUUGUGUGAUUCGUUAUUACGUUUUGGACCUUACACCUUGGAUCGUCUCUCGGAAGGAAAUUUAUAAUUGCUCGGUAACCGAGGCCCCUUAAUUUAAGACUCGUCGCGGAUAUGCAACACGUAAGUAUUUGAAUUGAAAUUUUUUAAUUGAUCGAUCAACUUUAGAAUUAUUCGGUUCCGUUAAAUGACCAAGCUUGAAGUCGAAAUGAACACAGAAAUGUAAAUGUAAAUGUUCCCUGCAAAUUAUUAUCGUUACAAUACAAGCUGGACUACCUACUCUGGUCCCGAAAAUCUCCCAGCUGUAAAUCUUCGAAUGAUCACCGUCAUUCGCACAAAUCUAACGUCAACUAACCGGAAACGCUGUCUCAAACGAUUCCACCACUCGAAUACAAUUUUUAUUUAAACGAGCUAGCAGAAUGCUCGAACUUGAACAUUCUUUUCAUUACUCACGGUUGGUGGACGAGCAAUCUUCUUUAUGUACUCGAGGAAUCGCUCAUGCGCAUUGCGAACGAUGAAUUUUCCGAUUGCCUUCGUCCUUCCUGGCUGGUCCAGGAUCCGUGCGUCUAAUUCGAGCAGGAACAAUGG